UUUUUGGGCGGGGUUUUGUGACGUUUCAGGACGCGGAGAGGACUCUCUCUGACCAACGAUUUCGACAUCAAAACAACCUCCGAAGAGCAGCGAAAUAGAGCACGACGGCUACACUCCAAAACACAAAUACGUCCAUCGCGAUCAGGUUUGCAAUAGAGGAACAACGAUGAUUGGGAAGAUUUUUUCUCAUCUGCUCGGGAACACCGGGGCCGACUUUGAGGCAACGGAAGACACUUCUGAGGAGCUGAUAGAGUUUGAGGAGGGAGGAUGGGUCGUCGUCAAUCUCCCAGGUUCCACUGGGAUGAAAACAGAUCUGUUUGAGCUGGGACGUGUCGACCGCACAGAGAACGGGCUGCUGAUGGCCUCUCAGCCGGGUCCUCUGGAGAACCUACUGAUCGAGCACCCCAGCAUGUCUGUCUACCAGAUGAGAAGCGGGGCGGAGGAAGAGCAGGAACAAGAAGUACUGCCAAUGUGCCCGUCCAGCCGCAUAUCGUGGCAUCUGGCGGCCUGGGGAGUCCCGCUACCCUGCACCGCCCAGCGGCUGGCGGCCAAUAGGGCGAGGACCCGGGCGGAGCGGAAGAAGCUGAGCCGUGCGGCUCUGUGCAGGCAGAACCUGGCCAGCAUGCGGUUGUCCCCGGGAGAGAGACGCCACGUCUCCUUCAAGCAGCCCUGCCACCGCCUCUGCAGCUACUGAGACUGGAGGAGCCUUGACUCCCUCUCCCUCACUCAGGUUCUUCUCCCCUCACAGUUACACGUGCACGUCCAGCACUGGACGUGAAACUAUAGGUAUUCAUCGUUGUCGGGUAGUAACAAGUUGACCUUGAUACAAAAAUAUGAAACAUUUCAAGCAAUACUGUUCUCCAAAUGAAUGGAUUAACUAUGAUGCAGGUGGAUUAAAGCAUGUUUUCUGCAGGUUGGUCCUUUUCAGUAUAUUUUAUACUUUGCUAGCUUUAGACAUUCUUGUGAAUGUGAGUGUAUUAGAAUAUUAUAACUGUCUCAGUCAGCAGUAUUCAUGCUGUGUGAAAAAACAUCAGAAUUUCUAAAUAUCGACGCUUCUUUUGUUUGACGUUAAUUAGAGAAACCACUGUUCUGUAUUCGGUCCAUUUUUUUCCUCACCAGCAGGUUGGUACUCAUUUCAUUAAUUUGACAAAAAUCCCUAAUUGAGUGCUUGUACAGUUGAAAAUUAUGUUUUUCUAUUUGUGUGUUUUUAUAAAAUGAUAAUAAACAUCUGGUUUCCUUAA